AAAACAUCUUCUCUUCCUAUUUAGAGUAACUUCAGCGGUAUUUUGAAACCAGAGAGCCUGACUUGAUAUUUUGAAACCAGAGAGAGAAUCUCUCUCCUGGCGACAUUUUCGUCCCAGUUCUUUUUGUCCGUACAGGUUAUGCGAGGAUGAUUCUAUGGAUUCUUGAGGAUUCCAGCUUGAAUUUUUUAUGUUACUAGGCCGAUUCUCACCUCCGUUUCCAACUCCACUUCUGGAUUUGAAAUUGGAAUCGUGUAUUUCGACCAAUAGCUCAACCUCGCGCUGGAUUUUCGCAGUUACUGUUCACAAUCGCAGACGGCUGUGUAUGCUCUGAGGUUCGUUUUUCAGGGUAUUUUUGAUUUCAGUGUGUUUCGUUUUCAGUUUCUUGUCCCAAUUCCAACCCCAUUCACUGCGAAACGAAGACUCCCAGUUUAGGGAUUUGUUGCUUUUGACUUGGUCCGCUAUGUGAUCUACUAUAUACGAGCUUGGCCUGCGACUUUGAUGAAGAGAAGGUCACUGGGGUUGGGGGAAGCUUCCAUGGAAAGAACCACCGGGUCUUCUUCUAGGUUCACAGUGCUGCAGGCCAUGGAGGUCGAUUUCCCUCCUCUGAACUCUCUGAAGUCUGCUGUGAAGAAAAAAUCUGGGAAAACUGGUGCACACGUUGGGAACCCCUCCAGUAUGGUACAUGUACUUGAAACAAUGGAAUUGCAGCUUGAAAAUCAUGCCUCGGCUGCCAAAGAUACUGGAAAUUCUGGGAAGAAGCACCCUGCACAGGUGAUGUCUGUUUCGACUGCUACUGGGCAGACCUCCUCUCAGUUUAAGCUGGGACCUGACGCCACUGCUUCUGGUCAGUCUGCCAGCUCCCCUCCUUUGGUGCCGACUAAGGUGAUGAGUUGGAUACCUAUGUGGAUUGACGGAUUGCUCGAGCUUGAGUGCGAAUUAGAAGAUGCCUUAGUUAAAUCUAGUCAUAAAACAAACAUUUACUUAUUAUUACAUUAGUUUUUAUUGUUUUACUUUGAGUUGCCUGUGCAUUCGGUUAAGAGAUGACCGGAUGUGGCGGUAACACCCAUUUCCCUUUUAGACUUCCGCUGUAUUUCUUCAACUCUUUGAUGAAUGAAUAAAGUAUUUCUUUUAAAUAUGUCAAUGUUUUGGGCGGGAAAUUUAGGGGUGUUACAAAUGUAAUACCUAAGAAUUUGAGUAUUUAGAUUUAGUUAAUGUUUCGGGACGAAACAUCUUUUAAGGAGGGUAGAAUGUGACACUUCAAAAAAUUUAAAUUAAAAUAAAAAUAAUUUUUAAUCAGAUAAAAAUAUUACGAAAAUAACAUUUUAAUUAUUAAUUGAGUCAGACAAAAAUUCAACAGUCGUAACAUUCUAAUCAGAUAAAAUUUUCAAAAUUUAUGACGUUUUAGUCCGAUAAAAAUACUUCAGUAAUAAGAACAACAUUUUAGUAAACUAGUGAACCAGACAGAAAAUUUACAUUUACGACAUUUUUAAUCAAAUUGGUAUCAGAGACUUAGGUUUUCCGAAAGGACUAGAACACGAGGUAAUAGGUCGUAGGGAGAAAUUCUGUCACAAAGACGAUAACAGUCUAAGCUAGUUGGUGCAUAAUUGAGCCUUGCGCUCGUCCAACUAACUGGGAAUUUCUCCUUGUGCUGAAACUUCGUUGUUCGAAAUCUUUGACGAAAACUAUAGUUUCGAUGCGGGGAUUUUCAAAAUGUUUUUGUAAAAUUAGGAGAAUUAAUAUACUAGGAAAAGACCUGUUAGGAACGCGGUGAGGAUAUAAUGUGAGAUUUUCAAGUUAUUGAUUUAUAUGAUUAAGUAGUGAAAUUUAUGUAGUUGCUUGCUCGUGUGAAAUAUAUGAAUUUUGAUGACAUCUUUGAAUGUCUAUAUGUGUUAGAGCUUAGUAUGGACCUAGUGAAGAACUUUGUGGUUCAAAUAGUGUAGGGACUUUUUGAAUGCCUUAGUAUUUAAGAGACUUGUGAGAAAAGAAGAAAAGCGGUUAAGAUGGUGAAGGUGUUGUGGUCUAACCAUUUGGCCGAAAAUGCCACAUGGGAGACUGAAGAGGAUAUGCGCAAACGUUACCCAGAGUUAUUUGACUAAGGUAAAAUAUUAGUUACGAGGACGUAACCUCUCUUUAAGGGGGGUAGAAUGUAAUACCUAAGAAUUUGAGUAUUUAGAUUUAGUUAAUGUUUCGGGACGAAACAUCUUUUAAGGAGGGUAGAAUGUGACACUUCAAAAAAUUUAAAUUAAAAUAAAAAUAAUUUUUAAUCAGAUAAAAAUAUUACGAAAAUAACAUUUUAAUUAUUAAUUGAGUCAGACAAAAAUUCAACAGUCGUAACAUUCUAAUCAGAUAAAAUUUCCAAGUUCACGAUUUUUAAUCAGAUAAAAAUGGCCCGAUAAUAGAAGUUACGUUUUAGUAUAAAAUUAAUUUUUAUAACUAUUUUAGGUUGUAUAAUAUACAAAGUAUAAACUAAAUAAUUAAAAUAAUCAUAAUACAUACAUAUAUAUAUAUAUAUAUAUAUAUAUAUAUAUAUAUACGUAAGUAAUAAUAAUAGUAUAACAUACGUAUAUAUAAUACUAUACCUACGUACUACUACAUACAUAUACUCCUAAUUAAAAAUAUACAUACGUACGUAUAUAUAAUACUAUACCUACGUACUACUACUCCUAAUUAAACUAAAAAUAUACAUACGUACAAUAGAAGUAAACUCCUACGGGAGAUAAACUACUCCCGGUAGGUUUUGUUGGCCGGCAACUUCAACUCCAACUCCAACUCCAACUCUAACAUCCCAGCCUAAAACCCUCAUCUUUCCCUAUAAAUAAUAGGCCAGAACCUACGUUUUCUUCAUCCCAAAAAACUAAGAAAUAUACAAAUAUACGUAUAUAUAUAUAUUUUUACGACCCAGCGUUUUAGCCAAAACCAAGUCUUGAAAAUACUUCUCAAACCUUCCCCUUCGUAAUACGAAUCCAACGGAAAAAGAAUCGUCGAAAACGGUCGUGAAACGAGGGAGAAAAGCCUCGCCGGAGUUUCGCCGGGGAAAAACAUUUCGACGGAAAACGGAGAAGAGGGAGGAGCUGCCGCCGCCGCCGUACCACCUCUGACCUUCGCCGCCCUGCUACCACCGUUUUCAGCCGUUUCGCUCGUCCAAACGAGGUGAGUUCUCCCCCCCCCCCCCCUGUUUUUCCCGUUUUUCCGGCGAUGUAACGAGGAAGACAACCCAGCUGAGCUGGGGCCCCUCUUGGGCCUGAUUUUUUUGGGCCAGAAAAUUAAACUUGGGCCAGUUCGGCCCAGUUGCAAUAAAAAUUAAAAAUAAAAUAGUAAAUGAAAUAAAUAAAAUCUGGAAAAAUAUAAAUUAAAUACCUAGUAUAAAUAUACAUAUUCGGACCAACCAGAAUUGAAAAAUAAUAUUUUUAGCUAUUUUUAAUUGAAUUAAUAGUAAUUGGGCCAAUUUAUACACAUUUAGUAAAUAAUUAACUAAAUGACGAAAAUAAUUAUGAAAUAAAUAUUGGAGUAAACUAGGAUAAAUAUAUGACUAACUAGGACCUUAUGGACCAUUUAUAAUUAAUAAAAAUAAGGUUUAGUAUAUUUAAUUGUAAUUAAACCGGUUAAUAGAUAUAUGAAAUUAAAGGAAUAAUUAUGGAAAAUAAUUAUAAAAUAGAUACCUGGACAACCUAGGUCGAAUAUAGACCCAAAAUAUAUUUAUGGACGGUUACUAAUUUAUAAAGUCGAUUUUUAGUCCAUUUAUUUAAAUUAGGCCAUAUAAAACUAGUUAAGUAAUUAAAUAAGGAAAUAUUAGUAUUAAUGGUGAAAUAAAUAAAUCCCUGAGGUUGAAAAAUAAUAUUCUGGACUAAAAAUAAUGUUUGAAUAAAAUAAGGAAAAUAAAUAUAUUCGGUUAUGUAAAUAAAGUAAUUAGAUAAUAAUUAGAGUAAAUUAAUAGUGAUUAUUGAAUAAAAAUUGGAUGUUGUAGUCAAUAAUAUUCGGAUAUUUCAUUUAAUAUUAGUGAUAGAGUAUAUCUCCUGAAUUCUAGAGAGAAGUGAGAGCUAGAGAGAGAAGUGCAAUAAUAUGCUUCAAUAGAAUGAAUUUGUAACCCCUAUAACUACUCCCAAGGGGAGUAUUUAUAGAGAAAAUUAGGGUUGGGCUCCCAAGCCUUGGGCUUGGGAGACCCAUUUACAACUGGACCGCUACUGGGCCGAAUACAAAGCCUCUAAUGGGCUGUACAAAUGAGUAAGUAUAGGAUCCGAUUCUGGGAGGUCUUUGAGGCCGACGAGGGCGUGGCCGACGAGGGCACGGCCGACGAGGGCGCGGCCGACGAGGGCACCCGAGUCCCUUAGACUCAGGACCGUAAUCGGGGUUGGCACCUUUUCGGCCGACGGGGGCGUCAUGGCCGACGAGGGCGCCACUCUGUUGUCUUGUGCUCUGUUCUUCCGAGUAUGUGGGUCCUGGGGCUCAGACCCAUAUACUCCAUCAGGAGUCUCCCACUCUCUAAGCUGAGACGUAGACGAAGUGAAGGAGAGUAGAUUUCUGUGCUUUGUCGCUUUUGGCCGACGCGGGCAUUUCCAGGCCGUUAGCAGUUGCGGCGUUGGCGUUGUUUUCUCUUUGGUGAUCCUGUUCUGUGCCUUGGCCGUUACCUGUUCCUCGCUGUGGCGGGGAGGCCGUUGUUUCCUUAAUUUGUUUUGGGACGAUGAGUGUCCUUCUUUCAAUGGUGGCCGUUGAGGGUGCGCUUUCCCUUUACUGGCCGUUGGUGGUUGAAGUUUAUGCUUGGGCCGGUGAGGUCGUUCCUUGCUUUGAGGACGAUGGCGUCCUUUCCUUUGGGUGGCCGAUGAGGGUGCUCGCGCACUCCUUUUGGCCGUUGCUGGUUGGCCUUCGUGUUCUUGGCCGAAGGGCCCGUCAAGAUUAGUUGUUUGGCGGAGGACGAUGAGUGUCCUUGCCUCUAGUGGUUUGUUGGCCGUUGCUAAUGACGUUUUGGGCCUUUGGCCGAUGAAGUUCCGUUGUGUUGUGUGGAUGAUGUGGCCAUGUUUUGUGGUUACCUUGUUUAUACCUUUGUUUCGUUGAGGCCGGUGUAGUCCCCCAGUCCCCCACUGCUUCAGGCCGAAGAGUGUGAGGGGUGAAGGAGUUGCUUGAGUCCCUGGCCGAAGCGGUCUCGCCGUAGUCCCCCUGAAUCCAACUCUCAUGGCGAUUUUCUGGCCAAGGUAACCCUGUGGGAGAACCCUUGUGCGCAGAUCGCUUGUAGAGAGUUAUCAUCGAGGGUUAUUACGAGGAGCCGAAGGCUGUGGGCUAUUUGUUCCCUUUGUUCUGUGGCCGUCACGUACCUGGCCGUUGCCAUCCUCUUAUUGUUUGGCAUUUGUGAUAUUGGUGAGCAAGUGGGACGUUAUGGGCGCUUGCUGGCAGUUGUAAAGUCGUUGAGCGUGUGUAGGCCGUAGAGUCUGGUUUGCCAGUGGGCCGUUGAUAUGGGUUGGUCCUGGCCCGUUGGUGACGUGGUGGCCCCCCAGUGGUGGCCGUUGAUGUGGCCAUUGGGUGAGUGCCACGUGUAGUGACCGUUGGUGGGGGGUCUAUAAAUACCCCUUCCCCUCCGACGGAGAAUCACAUUUGCAUUCUGAAUUUGUCGAAGUGCUGGCCGAUUUUCUAGAGAGAUAAACUCCCAAGCCUGUUCUUCGUGUUCUUCGUUGUUUGAGGUUAGUGUUUAUCACGAUCUUCCUCACUUUUUAUAUUUUGCUCCGUAAGUAGUUGAUCUAGUGUUAGGCGUUUAAACACCUUUAGAUCGUAAGUUGUUCUCCUUAAGUCCGUAAAAGUAGUGAUGAAGAGCUUGAACGAGGACUACUACCCCUACGACGAUCAGCCCUCCACGAGGUCCCUUGACUACGAGGUGCUCGAGGAGUUUGAAGAGGAGAUAGAGCGUUUGAGCCCCUACAAAUCCGUAGAGCUGAUGGACGAGGAGAUCGAGGACGAGGAGUCCGCCUCCUCUUCAGAGGGUGAGGACGUAGGCGCGUCCCGAGCGGUGGACGGGGCGUCCACUUCUGCUGCCGUUCCGUGCCCGAGGCCGGUAUCUGCUGUGAAGGGCGCAACGAAGUCGAAGAGGGUGAGGAGGCCGAAGAAUGGGCCGGGUCUCUCCUACUUGGACCUUACCAACAUAUUCCUGAUUAAGCCGGAGAGCAGUGAGGCUGACUACCUUGUCGCCCAGAUGUACGUGGGGCCGUUCGGGCGGGUUAGGGCACCCAGGCCGACGGACCAUGUUCUACUUCCGCCACCGGGAUACUUCGGAGUAUACCCGAUGAGUUUUGCUAAGGGGUUGAGGUUCCCCCUUCACCCUUUCGUCACCGAGUAUCUGGACAUGGUGGGGCUUCCUCCGGCCCUGCUGACGCCGAACAGUUAUUCCUUGAUAGUGGGCUUCUUGCUUCGGUGUGAGGAGUUGGGCUACAGGCCGACCACGGCCUUAUUCAUGAACUUGUACCAGAUCGGCCGAGGAAGCCACAAGAACUGUGCGGCCUAUGCCACUCUUCAACAGCUGCCGAGGAAGAGGAGCUUCACGAAUUUGCCUACGUCCAUUCAUGGGUGGAAGAGCAAGUUCGUGUUUGUGUCCAUUGGUGAGAGUGGCACCGAGUUCCCCUCCCUCGGCCAUACCGGGAGGUUCAACCUUCAUGACCCACCGAAGAGCUCUAUUCUGGACGCUCAGGUGGAGGCUUUCCUGGAGGGGGGGCCGAGGAGCGUGAAAGAUUACGUCACUGAAUACAAGAUGACGGCCCUCGGCUUCUUCAGAUAUCACUUGUAUGGAGAUAAGGAGGAUGACCUCCAACUCUGGCCGAGGAUGACCACCACCUUUGAGGAGGCCGAUGGCCCGCCUUUGGGCAUUCCUGCUGAGGCCGAUGGUAAUUUUUCUUCGGCUUUCUGUCUUUACGUUUUGUCCUUUGCCUUACUAAUCUGUUUUUGCUUUUCCCUUGUAGAUUUUGUCAUGGACCGCCGUUCCAUGAUGGCUAUUGCAAAGGCCAAAGCGGCCGAGGAGAUUGCUGCUAAGGCGGCCGAAGCGGCCAGGCGUGCCGCGGCCGGUGUGAGCGGGGCUACUGCAGAUGCGGCCCCAAAGCCUGCCCCGUCCAAGAAAAAGAGACCGGCCACUGACGGCCAAAAAAAGUUGACCGAGGCCGGCGUGAGCGUCUCUAAGAAGACGAAGAGGGCUCCUUCCCCUUCUCCUGCCAGUGAGGCCGGUACGCUUACUGUCCCCAGCGUGGGCGAUGGUGGUCCCGUCGUGGACCUUACUGUUGCUGAUGGUGCCGCCCCAGCGCUUCCUCUCGUCCAGGAACCACGGACGCAGAGGGCCGGCAAGGAGGUUGUCGGUGCCACCUAUCAGAAAGUGAUAGAGUACCCCGUCGGCGGGGGCGUGUUUAAUGAGCUCGUCCCCGGCCAUGUCGUCCUGGCCAAGGCCAUGCCGGCCAAAGAUCGGGCUCAUCUGAAGAAGCUCGAGGACCCGAAGAUUUACGAGGGUGGCAUGGAUCUCCUCGUCCAAGUAAGUGAUUGUCCUUAUAUCCUUGUCUUUCUUCGGCUAUGUAGAGUUUUUGCCUGACCUUGGUUUUUCUUCUGCAGAGUGCCUUCAUGCUUAUGGAAAGCCAUAAGAGGCAGUACUGGGAGAUUGCCCGCCUGCAAGCACUGGAGCAGAAGGCUGCCUCGGCCGACGAGGCGGUAGCUUGCCUUGACCGGCUUCGGGAGGAUGCCAAGGCGCUGCAGGCCAAAGCUGAUGAGGCCGUCGCGGCCAGGGACGUUGCCCUGGUCCAGCUCGAAGAGAGCAAAAGGGAGCUCGCAGAGUCCCGUAGAGCGCUUGAGGCCGAGAAGCGCAGGAGCGAGGAAGCCGCCAAGGCGAAAGCUGAGGCCGAAGCCGCCGUCGUGAGGGCUGCCGAUGAGGCUGUUGAGAAGUUCUUGGCCGAAGGGUGGAAGGCCGAUGAGAGGCUCCCCUGGUGCUACGAGGUGGUGGCCGCCAGGCUGGAGAAUUGGGGGAUGAACUCCCCUGCCGGCCGGGAGUAUUUCAGCCAGGAGAUGUCUGUUUACUACAACCUGGGCCAGGAGCGGAUGCAAAGGCUCCUGUACCGGCGGCUAUCCCGGGCGUUGAAGGCCAUGAAUUACACGGCUGGAUGGGCUAGACGGAACCUGAAGCUCCCCAAGCUGAUGAAGGAUCCCGAAGGGCAGGCCACGCUUCCGCUGUCGGAGCGGGAGUCCCCCAUAGAAAGCUCCGGCCUCGGCGAGCCGGACUAUACUGAGUUCGAUUUCUUGGAUGAUGCCACCAGCGCCGCUGCCGGCCAGGAAGCUGAGGCCGAUGAGGAGGGGGCCGACGAGGUUGAAGAGGCAGCCCCGGAGGCUUGAUCGGCUAGUCCCUAUUGUAGUUAGCUUUUCUAUUGUAGUUAGCUUUUCAUUUGUUGCCCAAUUAUGUAAUGGCCGUAGUGCCCCCCAAUUGUAAUGAAUUUUAUCAAUUGAAGAAAUUUUUGCUGUCCUUUUCGGCCUUGAAUCCUUUGUGUGCUUGUUUGCUUUGUCAUUUCAAUUCUGUAAAUUGUCCAAGUAUCAAGUCAUAACUUGGUCACCCGCGAGUGUCCGCUACGUCCGUGAGGUUGGCCUUCCCGUUUAGUAGUCUGGUCGGCCUAUGCCUCUUUGCUUUACCGUCAUAACACUUAGGAUUUUGUUUCAAAAAUUUCCCAAGUGUUUUUGGGUCCAUGUAGCUCCUGUCUUUACGGCCUAGUGGCUUGAUCGGCUUGGACGUAGUUUCAUAACACUUAGGAAUUUUUCAAAAUUUUGCUAAGUGUUUCGGGAUCCACUUAGGUGCUUUCCUUUCGGCCUGGUGGCCUGGUCGGCUUGACCAGUGUUCUUUUGCUAUCAUAACACUUAGGAUUUUUUCACAAAAUUUCCUAAGUGUUAUUGAUUCCUUUUAGGUGCUUCCCUUUUUAGCCCUGACCGCAGUGUCCGUUCCGUCCAGGCGUUGGCGUCCUUAUCGUCCUGGCCUUGGAUUCAUCCCAGGUGUUUUAGCCAGGGCCGUUGUCGGCUUGUAACCCUGUGUUCUGGCCGAUAAGGGCACCUUCACCAUAGUCUUGUGGACUUUGAAUUUUUCACAUGUACACAUGUAGAGGUGUAGGUGGUUAACGGCUUUGUAGUAUACUGGUACCCGCUUCGGCUAGAAUUCCUUCAUUUGAGUACUUAGAUAAUUUCCAGAGUAUAAAUGUCAGGUAUUUACGACUUUGCGGUGUCCUUGUCGGCCAAGGUCUGUCUUGUGGCCGAUGAGGGUGCUGGAUAAGGAGUAGCUUGUCCAAGGAGAUGGUCCUGCCUUCGUCGGCUAGUCAUGGUUCCAGUGCCUGCGUCGGCUAUCCGAGGUGCGGUCGCAAGUAGAGGUUGCAUCUUGAUUACUUGAUCCUUUCGCGGGUGUGAUAAGUGCCCGCUUCGUCCCGGUCAUCCUCCGGUUUGUGAUGCUUUGUUUCAUACCAAGCGUUGGUGCCUCAACGGACUAUGGCCGAUGAAGGUCACUUCUCGCGUGUCACCCAACCGAUGUGGUUAGGGUUUCAUAGGCGUGUGUCUCGGCCUUGAUUGUUCCCUCAUGGUGUGUGGACGUGUCGUCCAUGCUACCUGUUAGUGGUACUAAACUUGUGUUCAACUGAUAUGUAUUUGGCCAAAAUGGACCUGAAUUUGUGGGGAUUUUAUUUUUUCCUUGCUCGGGGCCGGCAAGUGUGCGCGGCCAUCGGCUUCCCUCUUUUUCCCUCAUAUAUAAUUUUUUUUUUUUUUUUUUUUUUUCGGGGGGUAUCCUUCUUUCAGGCUUCGGCCGAAGGGUGUGCUCGUCCUUCGGCCGGUUCGGACUUCGUUUAUAACGUCCGUGGUCUCAGGGUGGGUCCCGUCGCCUAUUUAUGACGCGGGCUAGACUUUUGGUCGGUUUCCAACGGCUGUCGUUGCCCAUCCCUGAGUUUUGGGAUUUUGUCACCUCGGCCAUGAUUUCAGGCCUGUCGUCCUGCGAUCUGGCGCGUGGACGACGCGGUGAGCUUCCCGUUUCAAGACGUGGGCCGUUUGCGGGCCCCUCGUCCUGGGGACAUCGUCGGUCAUACCUGAGCGUUUCACUUCUAGGCUUGCGGGGCCAGGACGAUGUGCUCUCUCAGCUAGGCCUGAGCCCUUCGCUGAUACAAAAUACAAUGGGGUGCCUGAGCUUGUCGCUCGUAGGCUGCAAAUGCAAGGGGCCAUGUCGGCCAGACCUGAGCCUUUCGCUCUAAGGUGGCCGACGAGGGCACCUGCUAAUGUUUUUUUUUUUCCUUUAAAUUCCAGAGAAAAAAUCAGAACAUGAUUUUAUUCAUAAGUGGCUCGAGGCCGAGGGUGGCGUUCAAUCAGUAACCCGUUAAGGGGUGAGGGCUUCGCCGUCUACACCUCCUUCGGAUUACUGAUAAAACUUCACCAGAUGAUGUACAUUCCACGUUCGUGGUACAUUGGACCCGUUCGGGCGUUUAAGCUUGUAGGUGCCGGGUUUGACCACGGCACUGACGAUGUAGGGUCCUUCGUACUUCAAUGCUAACUUGCCACCCUCUGUCGGCUGGCUUGCUUCCCUUCGGCGGAGGACGUAGUCCCCCACCUGAAAUUCACGGGAACGUACCUUGGCGUCAUAGUAUGAUUUUACUUGACGCCGGUAGUUCUCCGCUCGGACGUAAGCUUGUUCACGCCUCUCAUCAACCAGGUGUAGGUCAAUCUUCAUGUUCUCUUCGUUGGUGUCAGGCUCAUAUUGUUCCACCCGCCGGCUGAGGAUGGCAACUUUCGUGGGCGCCUUUGCUUCGAAGCCGUAGCAUAGGGCGAAAGGCGUUUCACCUGUCGCCCUCCUCGGCGUGGUUCUGUAGCACCACAGGAUGUUGGGGAGCUCGUCGACCCAACUACCUCCUGCGGCCUGGAGGUUCUUCUUCAGCCCCUCCAUGAUUGUUCUGUUGGCGUUCUCGACCUGCCCGUUGCCCUGAGGAUAGGCAACGGAGGAGAAACGGUGCCUCACCCCAAACUCCCGGAGGAGCUCCUGGAAAGGGGCUGCCUCGAAUUGGGUGCCGUUGUCUGAUAUAAUCUCCUGGGGGACGCCAAAGCGUGUAAUGAUGCUCUUGUAAACAAAUCUUUGGCAUCUGGCCCCCGUGAUGCUGGCUAAGGGUUCCGCCUCGACCCACUUGGUGAAGUAGUCGACGGCAACGAUGAUGUAGCGGUUAUUCCCGGCGGCUCUGGGCAGGGGGCCGACCAGGUCAAUCCCCCACCUGGAGAAUGGAAUUGCGGUGCUGACCGGGGCAUAGUUGACAGCUGGCCGACCAGGGGCCUUCUGGAGUACCUGGCAUGUGGUGCACUUCCUGGCCAGGUCAGCGCAGUCCCGUGCCAUCGUCGGCCAGAAGAAGCCCUGGACGACGAGACGCCGGGACAUGCUGAAAGGACCCUGGUGCGAGGAGCAGACGCCACAAUGAACCUCUUCCAUGGCGGUAUCGGCCUCGUCCUGGUGCAGGCAUCGGAGGAGAGUGCCAUUGUAGGACCGUUUGUAGAGUUUGCCAUCUUCUAUGGUGUAGCUUGGGGCCCUGAGUUUGGCAAGUUUGGCCCUCUCCUCGUCCGGGGGCAACUCCCCCGUCGUGAUGAAGGUGGCGAUGUCGUAGAUCCAGUCCUCUGGUCGCUGUUGGACGCUCAAGACGGGGCUGGCAUGGAUGCUGGACAUGCUCAACUCCUCGAUCUUGGCCAACUGGGAGAUGUGCUCCGGGGUGUCCGAGCUGAGCUUGGAGAGGAUGUCGGCUUCGGUGUUCUCGGCCCUUGGGAUCUGGGUGAUCUCGUGGGUUUCAAACGCUUUCAGCAAUUCCUCCGCCGCUUGUUUGUACUGCUUCAUCCGGCCUUCCUUUGCUUCGUACGAUCCCUCCACCUGGCCCACUACCAGUUUGGAAUCGCACUUGAUUCUGAGGUGCUUGGCCUUGAGACCGGCGGCGAGUCUGAGACCGCUGAGGAGGGCCUCAUACUCGGCUUCGUUGUUGGAUACCCUGAAGUUGAAGCGGAUGGCAUAGUAGGCUCUGAAUCCUUCAGGGGAUAUGAGGACGACGCCGCCGCCGCAUGAUUUCGCGGCCGACGAGCCGUCAGUGAACAGGGUCCACGUGUCGUCCGGCUCCGGCCCGGGGUUGGCGACGACCGUCUCCCUUGCUGUGCAUUCGAUGACGAAGUCGGCCAAGGCCUGCCCUUUGAUAGAUGGCCUUGGCUUGAUCUCGAUCUGAAACUGGCUGAGGAAGAUCGCCCAUUUCACCAUCCUCGAGGAGCUAGUGGGGCUCCUCAUGAGCGCGCCGAGAGGCUGCUGGGUCAGCACAUGGACGGUGUGGGCUUGGAAAUAGUGCCCCAGCUUCUUCACGGUGUGGACGAUGGCCAGCACCGUCUUCUCAAUGGGGGAGUACCUGAGCUCGGCCUCCCUGAGUGUCUUGCUGAUGUAGAAGAUGGCCUUCUGCACCCCUUCGUCCUCACGGAUGAGCACGGAGCUGAUGGCCGACGUGCUCACCCCCAAGUACAAGAAGAGGGUUUCGCCGGCUUUGGGCUUGGAGAGUACGGGUGGGGACGACAGGUACCUUUUCAAUUCGUCGAAUGCUUCCUGGCACUCCGUCGUCCACUUGAAGCUGUUUGCCUUGCGCAUGAUCUGGAAGAAGGGAAGUGCCCUCUCAGCUGACCUGGAGAGGAAACGGUUCAAGGCCGCCAGGCGCCCCGUCAGUCGUUGUACCUCCUUGACGUUGCGGGGCGGCUCCAUGUUGAUGAUAGCCCGCGUCUUCUCCGGGUUUAUCUCGAUGCCUCUCCGGCUGACCAUGUAGCCAAGGAACUUGCCGCCCUGGACGCCGAAGGCGCACUUCUUGGGGUUAAGGCGGAGCCUGAACUCCUUCAUGAUUUCAAAGAUUUCCCGGAGGUCGUCGGCGUGGGAGGUGGCCUGCCUGCUCUUGACGAUCAUGUCGUCGACGUACGCCUCCAUCGUCCGGCCAAGGACCGCUCUGAAGAUUUUGGCCACCAUCCUAGUAUAGGUGGCGCCGGAGUUUUUGAGUCCGAAGGCCAUGACGAGGUAGCAAAAUAUUCCCUCUGGGGUCAUGAAUGCCGUCUUCUCGGCGUCAUCUUCGUGCAUAAAGAUCUGGUGGUACCCUCUGAAAGCGUCGAGGAACGACAUCAACUCGCACCCCGCCGUCUCGUCCACCAAUUGAUCAAUGUUGGGGAGAGGGAACGGGUCCAUGGGGCACGCCUUGUUCAGGUCAGUGUAGUCAACACACAUUCUGAACGUCGGCGGUUUCUGUGCGAGGACGACGUUGGCCAACCAUGUUGGGUACUUCACCUCUUUGAUAUGUUUGAUCGAUAGGAGCAUGGCGACCUCCCCUUUGACGAAGUCCCGCCUGUCAGCGGACAAGUAGCGCCGCUUCUGUUUGACGGGCGCGGAGGCCGGAUCGACGGUCAGCCGGUGAGUGAUCACCUGGCGGCUGAUGCCGGGCAUAUCGUCCGGGCCCCACGCGAAGACAACGGCGUAUGACCGUAGGACGAGGAGGAUGGCGUCUCGUUGGUCUUGGGGGAGUUGCUUUCCGACCCUGAGAACCCGCUCCGGCCGGGAGGUAUCCAGAGGGAUUUCCUCGACCUCCUCGGCCGGCUCCGCAUGUGGCCUCUCCUCGUCCAUGGCGACGGCGGCCGUGAUGGUGUCUAUCCGCUGUCCUUCCCUUUCGGCCGGCCUCGUCAGCUUGAGGUAGCAAGCUCUGGCUAUCCUCUGAUUUCCUCUGGCGUAGCCGAUGCCGUCAUUGGUGGGGAACUUCAAACAUAGGUGCUUCAUGGAGAUGAUGGCCUCCAAGUCCUCCAGCGCUGGCCGGCCCAAGAUCAGGUUGUGGGCGCACUGGAGGUUGACUACCAUGAACUCCAUGUUGAUUUUGGCAUGGUGGGGGCCGUCACCGACUUCCACGGGGAGGACUAUCGUGCCCUCGGCGUCGAUAGAGUCCCCGGUGAAGCCGGAUAACGGGGUCUUGAUCGGCUUCAGCAGAGCUCUGUCCAGCUUCAGCUGCUUGAAGGUGUCCAAGUACAUCACAUUGACGGAGCUCCCCGUAUCGAUAUAAGUACGGUGGAUGAUGGAGUCCCCGAUCUCACAUCGGAUGACGAGGGCGUCCCUGUGUGAUUCCGUACCCGGAGGCAGAUCCUUGUCGGUGAAGGUGAUCGCCUCCCCAAUGUAAAGGGAUUGGGCCCACUUCUUUCUCUGAGUGGCGGAGUCCCCCCCAGUGUUUCCACCCACUAUGAGGUGGAUGUGAUUCUUCUUCGGCGGAGGCUCCUCGAAGUCCUCGUCGUCGCUGAGUCUACCAAUCUCCCGCUUCUUCGCAGAGGGUUCGCCCCCAUGUUUGUCGGUGUUUACCCAAGUGUUCUUGCGCGGGCCACCUUUGACAAACUGGGAGAGUUCCCCCUGGCGAAUAAGGCGCUCGAUGGCCUUCUUCAAUGUGAUGCAAUCGUCGGUGUUGUGCGACGAGUUCUUGUGGAACCGGCAGUAUGUGCCGCCCUGUUGGGUGGCAAGGAUCUCCUCGGCCGGCCGAGGAGCCUGCUCGAUGAGGCCGUGCUUCUCGGCAUAAUCGAGGAUGGUGCCGACCGGGUGGGUGAGGGUUACCCCCGGCCGUUCCAGCCUCGGCCGCCAGUGGCGGUCUUUCUUACUUUGUCCACCAGAGCCGUGGCGGCCCUGGGCACCCUGGCCGGCCGGGGACGGACCCGGGCCCGGCGAAGGAUUUGUCUUCUUGGGGGGAUGGCCCCCCUCUCUCUUGUGAUUGUGGAGCUCGUCGGCGUCGGCAUACAAGCCUCCGCGUUGGAGCGCCUUGGCGUACGACCUCGGGGGGUCAGUGAUGAGGCUCCUGGCGUACGGGGAGCUGCGGAGGGCUCCCUGGUACAAGGCGAGGAGGGUGCGCUCAUCGGCCCCCUCGACCUCCUCGGUCUCCCUCGUCCACCGAUCGAUGAAUGACCGGAAGGACUCUUCGUGCUGCUGCUUGACGGAGAGGAGGUGGGUGAAAUACUUCUUCGCGCGCUUCCUCCCGGCAAAGUGAGUGAGGAAGCGCUGGGCGAGAUCCUGCCAUGAGUCGAUGCUCCCUUCUGGCAGCCCGUUGAACCACUCGUACGCUGGUCCUUCGAGAGUUGAGAGGAACCAACGGCAGAUAUAUUCGUCGGACGCGUUCACCAUCAGCAUGUUGUUCUGGUAACGGCUGAAGUGCUCCUGGGGGUCUGAUCGGCCAUCAUAGGACUUGAUGGCGUUCCCCCUGUAUUUCUCAGGGAUGGGGGCCGAGAGGACCCUGUUGGUGAAAGGGGUCCUAGUCCUGACCUGGAUGAUGGGGUCACCCCGCCCUUCGGCCAGCUCCCUCUCCAGGGCGCUGACUUUGUUCAUGAGCGCGUUGAGGCCGGGGUCGUUGGAGGCGCCGGCCGUAGGGACGUUGGCCGACUGCUUGGCCUCCAUCUGAGCCAGCCUCCUCUCCAGCUGGGCGAUGACCUCGUCCCGGGGGUCCCUGGUGGCCGUAGCGUCGCCUAGCUGGUUUCCCAUGCGCUCGUUGUGAGCCGCAUUGAUCUGGUGACGCACGUCAUCCUCGUGCAACUUUCCUUUGCCCUUGUCCGGGCGGGGUUGGUCCGCUGUCCGGGACACAGACCCCAAGCUUUCCCUCGGCGAGCCAGGACGAGGAUCACCAAUCCGUCCCGCCAUCCUCUCCGAAACCGGACGACGGUGCGUGUCACCAAGCCUAUUGAAGGCAGAGGUUUUUCCACGCGCUGGGGUCUGCCCGGGCCGAAGAGGGGAAGCAGGGUGGGAGUGGGACGACGCCGUGUCCUGGGCCACAACCCUCUCAUUGUUGCCUAUCUGGUCGGCCAGUGGUUGGGGACGAGGAGGCGGAGUGACGUUUCCCCCGGUCCUUGGCAAGAGUGCGCUGAGGACGGUGGGAUUCUGAGCCAAGCUGGCGAUGAUAGCCGACAGUGCGGCCUGGACCUGAGGAUCUACGGACGGAGAGGCCGCGGCCAUAGGCUGGGCCGGGGCGUGGUCCGCUUUCUCAGCUCGUUUCUUUUCCAGGCCGAGGCGGGCGUCAAGGACUCCGCCGUUGAGUUGGUUGCGGAGGUCCGUCGUGAGGUUGAAGGCCUCCUGGAAGAGGUCCCCUCCGCCGACCUGGUCGGCCGUGGCGUCCUCAUCGUGCUCCCUGGGCUCUUGGUCCUCAGGGAUGACUUUGCUGACGAGGUUGCGGUUUGACUUAGUUCUCCCCAUGAUCAGUGGUCAGCUGUGCUUGGUAGCGACGAAGGGUGCUAACUUGAUUGUUCUAGCUCUCAACGAGAGCACCAAAUGAUAGAGUAUAUCUCCUGAAUUUUAGAGAGAAGUGAGAGCUAGAGAGAGAAGUGCAAUAAUAUGCUUCAAUAGAAUGAAUUUGUAACCCCUAUAACUACUCCCAAGGGGAGUAUUUAUAGAGAAAAUUAGGGUUGGGCUCCCAAGCCCAAGACUUGGGAGGCCCAUUUACAACUGGACCGCUACUGGGCCGAAUACAAAGCCUCUAAUGGGCUGUACAAAUGAGUAAGUAUAGGAUCCGAUUCUGGGAGGUCUUUGAGGCCGACGAGGGCACGGCCGACGAGGGCGCGGCCGACGAGGGCACCCGAGUCCCUUAGACUCGGGACCGUAAUCGGGGUUGGCACCUUUUCGGCCGACGGGGGCGUCAUGGCCGACGAGGGCGCCACUCUGUUGUCUUGUGCUCUGUUCUUCCGAGUAUGUGGGUCCUGGGGCUCAGACCCAUAUACUCCAUCAAUUAGAAUUCAAAUAUUAUAAUUAAUGGCUGAAUUAAUAAGGUAAUUUGAUUAAUAAAAAGUGAUUAACCAAAGUAAUGCGAAUAAUAAAAUAAAAGGAGAAAAUCGGGUAAAGUAAUUACAAAUAGAAUAAGUGACUAAUUUAUCAUAUUUAAUUAAAAAGGUGAUUAUCUAGAGACCGGAUUAGAGGAGGAUAACUAGGAGCAACAUGACUUAAGGUGAUGAGUUGGAUACCUAUGUGGAUUGACGGAUUGCUCGAGCUUGAGUGCGAAUUAGAAGAUGCCUUAGUUAAAUCUAGUCAUAAAACAAACAUUUACUUAUUAUUACAUUAGUUUUUAUUGUUUUACUUUGAGUUGCCUGUGCAUUCGGUUAAGAGAUGACCGGAUGUGGCGGUAACACCCAUUUCCCUUUUAGACUUCCGCUGUAUUUCUUCAACUCUUUGAUGAAUGAAUAAAGUAUUUCUUUUAAAAUAUAUCAAUGUUUUGGGCGGGAAAUUUAGGGGUGUUACAUCACUGAUGUUGAAGACUUUGUCCGAGGACUUAUCAUUUGAAGAUGAGGAAUUCCUCAAAGUGCCAAUUUGGGUUAAGUUCCCAAACCUACCAAUGAAUUUAUGGAAUGAAAGGGCUAUGAGCGAGGUAGCUUCUAGAAUUGGGAUUCCCUUAUCUACGGACAAGGUCACCCAAGAGAGAACAAAUCAUAAUUACGCUAGAGUACUCAUUGAAGUUGAUGUGUCCAAGCCACCCCUACUGUCCUUUCCUAUUCGAUUACCUUCACGCAAGGUAAUUGAGCAAUGGGUGAUAUACGAGACUUUUCCUAACUACUGCUUUCACUGCAAAGAAUAUGGGCACCAGCCAUUUAUUUGCAAAAAGCUGGCUGAUAAAGAAAAAAAGGAAAAAAUUGAUGAGGAAAAGAAUGAUGUUGGGAUUGAUAAAGAGGAUAAACUGAAAACGGUACAAGGUCAAAAAUUGUAUGUGAAAGAUAUGGAAGCCCAAGUGGAGAGCAUGGCUACUUUGCCAGUGCCUAUUGUUACGUCUGAGGUGAAGGCUACUGUGCUGGAAGAGACCAAUAGUGAGAGCUCAGGAUAUGGAUCGUUUGAAACUGACACUGGAUCGGGGAGGAGGAUCUGGGCCUGACAGAUACCACGGAUUUUAAUGAAGUUUAUAUGGAUGGUAAGGUUUUUAUGAUUAAAAAAGAUGCUAAGGUGAGCAAAAAUAUGAUAAGGAGAAUCCUGGGCUUAAGUUGGGAGUAAACAUUUGCUAAAAAGAAAAUUGCUCUUCCUAAUCUUUUUAAGGGUAACUCAAAAGGGAAGAAAAAGAAAAAAGGAUUGACUGAAAAAAAAUAGCUUCGACACCAGAUCUGCUGCGGCUAGAUUAUAACUCGGUGGCCUUUUUAUUCAUUGUUUGGUGCAUGGUUUAGUUUAUCAGAUGGGAGAGUUUCAGUCCACUGAAUUUUUGCUGCUGUUAGAGAACUUUUACAAUGUUACUGCUAGUGUGCCUGCAACUUAGUGGGUGGUGCUUUUUGAUUUUGGUGAUGCUGCAUUUUCCACUACGUAAUUGCUGGUGAGCUGGGAAAGCUACUGCCAGUCUGCUUCAUUUGGUGCUGCGGUUUGCUGAUUUCUGUUUUUGCGGCUGGGCUGCAGAUUUUAUUUUGGAUAUGGCUUAUUACUUUGUGAUGAUUUAUAUUUAGGUUAUAUUAGUCUAACUUAGAUAUUUAUUUUGAUCCGAACUUGAUACAUCGUAAAAUGUUAUUUUUGGGUGUUUUUUUAAUAUAUACUUACAUUUCAUCCAAAAAAAAAUAGAGUAACUUCAGCAGUAGGGUGAAAGUUUUUAUUAUUUGUGCUGGAGUUUCUCAGCUCUUUGUUCUCUUUUUCUAAGACAUCAUUUUUGCUUAAGGCAUCUAGUAAUUUAGAAUGAAUGGCCGUAAUGUCUUGUUUGAGUCUAUCAUUUUCAGCAUUCAAGAGAACAUGGUGAUUUUGGACUUUUUGGAAAUCUUGUAAUAAAGAUUCUUGUGUUAUAUUGUUUGAUCCAGAAUCACUAGAGCUAUAGAAGGAGCAGGAUGUUACCUCAACAUUGUUGUAGUGGUCGUUGGCCAUUAAGCAUUUGGGGGAGCAACUUUCAUCAUCUUGUCUUCCACUGGUGGGGAAGGCUUGUUGAGCCACCUGUUGCUCUCUUCAGUCACCUGCCAUGAUCCUAGGCAGAGAAGUGCUUCUUCUGAGCUAUUUGAUGAGGAGCUCUCAUCACUUGAGCUGCUUUCAUCAUCAGUCUGGAGUUCCUCCCUUUUCUUUUCACUUACAAAGGCUUGUCUUUUGCCUUUGAAGUUUGUGUAACCCGCUUUUUGAGCAGUCCCCUGCUGCCCUUGAUAUUUUUGGGCUAAGGGCAGAGGGCAUUCAUUUUUGUAAUGUCCUGGCUGUCUACAGUUGUAGCACCAGACAGUUUCCUCGCUGGGUUGAGGUCUCCCUUGUCUUUUAGGUGGCUGGUUGUAUGCUUUCUUUGGAGCAGUUCCCUCCUUUUUCAUAAAUCUUUUAAAUUUCCUCACAAACAUAGCGAACUGCUCGUCAGUGAGGAGAUUAUUGAGGGAAUUUUCUGCAGAUUUUGAAGUGUUUGGCUCAGACACUAGAGUUAGUGUCUUGGACUCAUCUUCCUUUUCUUCUUUGAUCUCCUUCAUUUCAAAUUCAUAGGCCUUGAGAUCACUGAAGAGUUUGUAAGUUGACAAAGUUCUGAGAUCUCUGCUAUCUCUCAUAGCACUUACCUUCAUGUCCCACUUAGAUUGCAGGCCUCAUAAGACUUUAAGGGAAAUCUCCUUUUGGGAUAGAUCUUUCCCUAGGUCUGAGACCUCUGCUAUAAUCUUUAGGAACCUAGAUUCAAUCUCAUGAAUAGACUCAUUUGACAACAUUUUGAAGUCCUCAAAUUUCUUGAGGGCUAUGGUCAGUUUGUUGUCAUUUUCUUGUUCAUCACCAGCUCCGAUCUUUGUGAGCUCAUCCCAUACAGCUUUUGCAGUUUCACAUUUCCUAAUUCUGGGAAAUAUGGACUCAUCUACAGAUUUAAAGAGAAUAUCUUUGGCAAUGUUGUCAAGAUUAUUCCCCUUUCUAUCCUCAGAUGUCCAUUCCAAUUUUGGUUUAGGAAUGUAUAUAUCCUCCUGGUCAUCAGCUUUGGAUGUGCUGACCUUCAUUAUUCUGAUAGUUCCAGCAGUAAUUACCUCAAGCAUUUCAUCAUGUAAAGCACUAAGAUGUGCUUUCAUCCUGAUUUUCCAAUCAUCAAUUUUGUUUAAGUUGAACAUGAGAUUCUUGGUUAGUUGACUGUCCAUUGUUAGAAAGUGUUUGGGAGGGGAAGUGGCUUUGGAUCUUUAGUUCAAAAUAGUCAGUAAAUGACUCUAGGAACACUCCGCUCUGAUACCACUUGAUGGUCCCAGAUAGGGUAAAAGUCUAGAGGGGGUUGAAUAGACUUUUAAAUCUUUUUCGACUUUAAAGCCUUUUUCCAUCUAAAGAGUUGAUCUAUAAUCUUUUGAGAGAAUUAUAGACGCACAUCGGAAGUCUUUACCCUUUAUGAAAUCAGAUAUCGGAAUUAUAUCUGGCAGUUGGCUUGGCAGUUGGCUAGAUAGCAGGGAACUGCUAAGUCAACUGCUGAGGAGAUAUUGGGUGUUUGAUGAAGGUGAUAAUGAAAUGUUGCUGAGAAUAAUGAGGGCUUUCAGAAAAUGUGCUUUAGUAACAGUAAUCAGAAAUUUUACUAAAGGAGUGGUCUCAGCAGUUGGAUGGUGAUGAGGGCACUGCUAAGGUAUCUGCUUGGUUUAGAGGGUGAAUUUCUGAGAGCAGUUUGGUCAACCUCUUGGUUAGUGAUUAUAUGAAGAUCUGGUGAUAUUGAGAUGUUUGAGAGAAACAAGUGUAUAUGACCAGAGGGCUCAACAGUUGGGUGGAUUCCAGGGGACUGCUGAGGCACCUGCUAUGAGUUUCUGGGAAAUAUUAGAAUAGUCCUUUUGGUGAUAUUGGUGCACUUCUCUUGUAUGAAAAUGAUCUCAAAGAAAGUAAAUAAUUAAGCAGUAGGAUAAACAGUUGAUGAGUCAGUUAAGACAACUGUUUAGGAUUCUGCUGGCAAACUUCAAUCUUUUUGUAAGAGGUGCUAAGUGUGUGCUUUGUUGAAUGAAAUUAAAUCAACACACAGUAUAUCCUGGUUCAGAGGUGGUGUAAUCCUCCUACGUCCAGUCCCACCCUCUUUCAGAUGGAUUUCACUAAAAUAUUAAGCCCAAUACACUUAGUGACAAUCUAGCGUUUACAACACUUAGGCCUAGAUUGAAGGUUUUUCACGAUGAGUAUAGCACCACUCAAAGUUACUCAGUCCUUAGACUUUUCUCUAAUGAACCAGUGGGGAUCAAAAGGUACUCUAUCUAUCUACUCACACUGUAGGAUCUGAACAACUGUUCUCCUAAGUGUUUACAACAAUAUGUGAAAUGUUACAAGAAAGUUCUAACCUCCAACUAGGAACUAAACUUCUAUGAUUUAGCAAUGAAUAGCUUGUAAACUGGAAGUUUAGUGAAACAUGAGUCCAAGCAGAGAGUAAAGUUUAGAAUAACACUUUCUCUUUCGCUAGAUAGCUCGUGAAUGCUCGUGAAAGAAUUUCUCUACUUUUGAAUGCUCAAAGCUUGGUUAGAAACUUUCGUUUCAGUCUAUAUUUAUAGGCUACUCCAGUUGAUUAAUCUCAUCCGUUAGUUAGGAUGGAUUGAUCUUGUUCGUUGAAAAUUGGCUAGGACGAACUGUACUUUUGUCUUCUUGUGCUGGAGCAUUUAUUGGAGUGAUUUAUCUGUCUUGAGUAUCUCAGCCGCUGAAGUAUCUCUUCAGAAAAUAAUCCCAUGUGUUGCGUCCUAUGCCUUGGUCCCAUUACUUGAUUCGGUAUUAAUUGUCGGUCAAGUUUUGUCUUCAAUCAUUUACAUUCAUUGUAUACGAUUUUCGAACUUUUUAUUGUUUUCGUGACAUUCAAUUUUUGGUGUGCAAAUAGAAUUAUACUGGUAGGAUUUGAAUAUCCUUUUAAGGUAAAAAUUUACCUUAUUGCAUUUUAUCUUUCCAGUGUAAUUUUAUUAGUCCCAAAAAUUGUACAUUUAUUUUGUCACUUUUGGAGUCUAGUACUUAAAUAAAGUGAGACACAAUGUACACGUGCUAAGUAUAGUGGCAUCAUCAAAAUCUAUCAAAAUUGGGUACUAACAGCAUGUUAUUUGAAUCUGGUCUUAAAAUAUCUAUGUGGGGUGAGGCUAUAGUAACUGUUGCUUACUUGAUAAACUUUUUUUUAAACCCGGAAGGCAAAUCACCAAAAUCAGUGGGGCAAAUGCCGGGGAACAUUUGCCGAUGUUUUAUUAAAAAUCAACGGAAAUACAAAUGGAGAGGGGGACUAGAUAAACAUCUUCUAUGGUGAACUUUAAAACUUCACAAAAGAUGUGGUCUGAAAUCAAGCCUAACAUUACUCAUUUGAGACCUUUUGGGUGCACUGCCUAUGCGCAUGUGUCCCAAGGUAAUUUGGAACCAAGGGCAAUCAAAUGUGUAAUGAUAGGCUAUCCUGAGGGUGUUAAAGGUUAUAAGCUUUUAGUUAUUCAACCAGGAGCUUAUAAGUGCUUUGUGUCCAGAGAUGUUGUGUUUAAUGAAGUUGAAUUCCAUUAUAAGAAAAUUAACACUCCUUCAAGUGACUUGACAGGUGAUUCUGAUGGGAACUUUUUUGAUCCUAUGGACAAUGAUGAUCUGUCAGAUGAGGAUCAUGACAAUGGAGUUUUCCACAAUGUCAAUGAUGACCAUUCAUUAUCUGGAAAUGAUUUGAAUGACUCAUCUGAAUGUAAUGUGUAUCCUAGUCAUGAUAUAGAUCAACAAUGUAGUAGCUCCCCCUCACUUAAUGAUUAUGAUAAUUUGCAUGAUGUGACUGUUCAAAGUGAUAUGCAUAUGUCUGAUUCUUUAGAUGUUUCUUCUAAUGAAAAUUCUAAUGACUUUGUUGAACCAAACUUAGCUGAUUAUCAACUUGUAAGAGUCAGAGAACCUAGGACAAUUAUUCCUAAUAGGAGAUAUAUGUCCAACCUUGCUGAGUUUGUGUUGUUAGCCUCAGAAGUAGUUAAAAACUAUGUUCCUGACACUUUUGAACAAGCUGUCAGAAGUUCUAAGUCAAAUGAUUGGUUUAAGGCAAUGCAAGAAGAAAUGCAAUAUAUGUUUGCAAAUCAAAUCUGGGUUCCUAAACCUAAGGGUGCUAAAGUCAUAGAUUGUAGAUGAAUUUACAGGCUAAAAGAUAGUUUUGUUCCCACUGAACCACCUAAGUUUAAGGCUAGAUUAGUUGCAAAAGGUUUUAAACAAAAACAAGGGAUUGAUUACCAAGAUAUUUUAGCUCAUGUGGUUAAAUUCAAAACUCUAAGACUUUUACUUGCCAUAGCUACUGUUUUUGACUGGGAACUUGAGCAAAUGGAUAUCCAAACUGUUUUUUUGCAUGAAGAUAUUAAUGAAACUAUUUAUAUGUCUCAACCACCUGGAUUUAUUUGUAAAAAUAAACCUGAUCAUGUCUGCUUACAUUUUUAUAAGAACUGGUACUAUUAUAACAAAUCUCGUGUAACUUGUACUUAUAAGAACUGGUACUAUUAUAACAAAUCUCGUGUAACUUGUACUUACUCGUGUAAUCUCGUGUAACUCGUACUUAUAAAAAUGUAACUCGUGAUAUACAUUUUUUUUGCUCACCUUCUGUUGUGCUAUAACUCGUGUUAUAAAGCUCAUUAUUCAAAAUAAAUAAAUGAUGAAUAAAUCAAAAGAGUAGGACAAUUAGACUUUAAGUAAAUAUACGAUUAUGCAAAAGUAGCUGUAUCUUCCAUCCUUACUUCUUUAGGAUCAUGUGCUUAUUUUCAAAAAAGAAUGAGCUUAUUUGUGUUAUGAUUUCAAAACAGAAGCUAGCAAUGCUAAGACACAAAGAAAAAUUCCCAGUACUAUGCUAUCUUAUCGGAGUGUGAUUUUUGCAUAGUCAGGUAGUGAAGGUAAUGAAUCAACAAUACAAUCAGUGGGAAGUAGCUACAAUGGUUAAAAACUUCAUUACUUUUCAAACUUUAAUACCAUGAUAUACAUGCAAAAGGCAACUAUAAGGUCAUGUUAAACUUAUCUGAGUGUGAUUUUUGCAUUGUCAGGUAGUGAAGGUAAUGAAUCAACAAUACAACGAGUGGGAAGUAGCUACAAUGAUUGAUUAUUUGAUUACUCAAGCUAAAAAGGGCUGCAUUGGGCUCCCAUAGAACAUUAUUUGGUGUUGUUCAGGUGAAGCAACUUGGUGACAUGUUUCUUCAAAUUAGAGGACAAAUUGGCUCUAUCAAGAGGAAUAAAUCAAGAGACAGUCAUUCUGUCAAUUGUUAUUGCAGCUUAAAUGAUGUUUCUAAUAAUUCUCUGGCUCUUGAAAUAGCUAGAAAUGACAUUUGUUGAGUUACACAAAUCAAAACCACAGUGCAUUGGAUUUGUAAUCUACCAAAAAGUCAUCACUUAGAUCCCUUUAUUCUGCCAUAGGUUAUAAGAAGAUGGUGGCCGGAUUAUCUGCAACUCUAUUAAAAAGUGUCCAGUACUAAGUUACUAACAUUAACUAUAUUUAGUCAAUAAUUGAUUAUCUGCAUUCUUGAAGCUUCUUUUCUGCACUCAUAGAAUAUAAAUAAAAGCCUUUUAGUUUUA